GUCAGUCCAACCUCUUAGCUCACCUUCCACCAUCCUAUUUAUUAAAACUUUCUUUGUUCUAAAACUCCCUUAUAUAUAUAUAUAUAAACUUCCAUACUCAACCAUUUUCAUUUCCUCGAUCUUCUCUACAACACUACGUCUUCUCAUUCGAUUGUACCAAAAAUCCUAUACACCCGCCAUGGAAGGCCAACAUCCACCUCCAACAACUCUACUGCCUCCACCACCAACAUCUUUACCAUCAUUACCACCCCAAAUUAGUUCUCCUAAUUUCCUCUUCUCACCGCCUUCGCUUCCAUCCUCAACAUCGUCCUCAACGUUAUUAAUGAAUAAUAGCCCUAACCCUAAUCAGGAAAUCGAUUGGAUCAGCCUUUUCUCGGGUCAAACAGGUGGGAUCACCGCCGAUGAGAUGACGAUGAAUAAUAGUAUUAGUUGUAGGUCAAAAACAGUGUUGCAGAAUAAUAGUAACAAUAACAAUAGUGAAGCAGAUGGUGAUCAUGAUCAGGAAGAUAAUCAGAGUAAUAAGAGGAGAGCCCCUGGGAAGACUAGGAAGGCGGCUCGGCCAAGGUUUGCGUUUCAGACGAGGAGUGCUGAUGAUAUUCUUGACGAUGGUUACCGGUGGAGAAAAUAUGGACAGAAAGCUGUCAAGAACAGUGCAUAUCCCAGGAGCUAUUAUCGAUGCACGCAUCACACAUGUAACGUAAAGAAGCAAGUGCAGAGGCUAUCGAAGGACACGAGCAUUGUGGUGACCACGUACGAGGGAAUUCACAAUCAUCCUUGUGAGAAACUUAUGGAAACCCUAACCCCACUUCUCAGGCAAAUGCAGUUCCUCUCUAGCUUCUAAUCAUUCCAUCUUUCUUUUAUUUGUACCUUACUUUAUUAAUUAAGCAGAUAUAUAAUCAGUUGCACUCUCUCUAUAUAUAUGUAUAUGUAUAUGUAUAUCACACUGAUCUCUUUUCUGGUACAUAUAUAUAGGUAUGUAAAAGUUUGUAGUAGGAUAUAUAUAUAUAUAUAUAUAUGUAAUCAUCAUGACCAAAAAACAGUCCCAAUAUAUCAUGAUCUUAUAAAGAAACAGAGAUCAUGAUAUAUACUAUAAAGAAGGAAACUUUUAUAUAUCGAUCGUUAUUCUUUUUAA